AUGGAGAGGUGGGUAAAUAUAUUUACCCUACCUUCGGGUUGGGAUAAACAUGUAAUAUCUGCUCUCUCUCUCUCUCUCUCUCUCUCUCUCUCUCUCUCUCUCUCUCUCUCUUUCUCUCUCUCCCCCACUUCUCUCUCUCUUAGCAGUCACAAGUACUGGAUAUGCGUUUCUUUCUUUCUUAAUUUUCUCCCCCUCUUCUUUUCCUCUCUUCUUUCUCUCUCUCUCCCCUCUCUCUCUCUCUGUCUAUCUGUCUCUCUCUCUCUCUUCUUCUUCUUCUUCUUCUUCUUUCUCUCUUCUUCUACUUUCUCUUUCACACAAACUCUCUUUUGCACACCGAAUUUCUUCAUAUUGUUUUUAUUCGUCUCUUUUUCAUCUGUGUUUUUCAUUCUCAAUCUCUCUCACCCCCUCUCUAUCUAUAUGCAUCGCUUUCAUUCGCUUCAUUCUUUUAAAUUCAAAUUUUAUUUUCUAUUUGUACAUUAUUUUAAAUUUCCUUCCUUAAUUCUUUCUUUCCUUCUUUCAUUUCCCUUUUUUGUUCCAACCCUUCUUUCCUUCCUUCUUUCUUUUUUCUUUCUUUUUUCAUAUCCCCCGUUCCUUCUUUACUUUCUCUUUUUCCCAACACCCUUUCCUUACUUUUUCCUUUCUCUUUUCUUUGUGACUCACUCUUUCCCUUCUUUCCUUUUUUCUUUCCUGUUGCCAAUCCUUCAUCUUUCCUUUCUGUUUCUUUUUCCGAGUCCCUUACUUUUUCUAUUUUUCCAAUCCUCCUUUCUUCCUUUCUUUCUCUUUUUCCGAGUCGUUUUCCAUCUUUUUUCUUUUUUUAUUCUUUUUCCAAUCCCUCUUUUCUUCCUUUCUUUCUGUUUUUCCGAGUCAUUUUCCUUCUUUUUUUCUUUUUUUAUCGCUUGCCUUCCUUUUUCCUUUUCUAUUCUUUUUCUAAUCCCUCUUUCCUUCCUUAUUUUCCCUUUUUCCUUUUUUCUUUUCUAUUUUUCUGCAAUCAUUCUUUCCUACUUUCUUUCCUUUUCCUUUUCAUUUUUUAAUCCCUGUUUUUCCUUCUUUACUUUCUCUUUUUCCAACAGCCCUUUUCUUCCUUUUUUCCUUUUCUUUUUGCAAUCAUCCUUUCCUUCUGUACAUUCUAUUCCCCCCCCCAAAAAACCCUUAACUACUUCCAUUCCAUCUCCCCUUUUUCCUUUUCCCCAAAUCCCCCUUUCCUUCGUCUUUCCUUUAUCUUUCCUAUUUCCAAUAGCACAUUUCUCUCCUUCUUUCCUUUUUCUUUUUUUUAUUACAAUCACCUAUUUUUUCUGUCUUCUCAUCCCUUUUCCUUUUUCCAAUAUCCCAUUUCCUUCUUUCUUUCUCUUCAGUUUUUUCUCAUCUGCACUUUCCUUAAUUCUUUCCUUUCUCUUUAUUUCUAACCCACUUUUCUUUCUUAUUCUUUUAUUUUUCCAUAUCCUUCCUUCCUUCCUUCUUUCUUUCUUUCUUUCUUUCUUUCUUUCUUUCUUUCUUUCUUUCUUUCUUUCCCUCCAUCUUUACUAUCCCUCCUUCGUCUAUCGCUUCACUACCUUUCAUCUACUUUUGGGGUUUAAGAAAAGCCAUUAUUUUUCAUACUGA